CGUCACUGGUCACAAACGAUGUACGAAAGUCGUACGAAUUCUUCCAGUCUGCUUGGUUUAAUGAUCACGAGACGCAGAUCAUGCGAGACGAGGGGGAAAAACGCAUGUAACACACGUGACAUACACAAAACGGUCGUACGAAUUACGUGUCUAUCUAUAUGAGAGCGCGUAGUAUACACGAGCACCAGGAACAAGAGAACGGAGAAGAGAACAAUGGUAAAAGGAGGGAAGCGAUGGACUACAACUGAGAUCAAAUUGUGGAAGGACAUGCUUGCAUAGAAGGGAGAGAAUCGGAGGUUGAUAGCGCGGAACAAGCGAGAAAGGAGGCACUAGUCGCAUUACAUAUAUGUAUGCAUUCGAGAAGGAUUAUGGAUCGUUUGCUCGUCCCACUACCAACUAUGAUAGAGAUAUGGAGGGGCAUACAAAAACGACGGACAAAGGAAGACCCGAAGCAGUCAUCGAAUGGAGACAAGCGUAGAAUUCGAAGGCUACGAAGUAGAAUAAGAUUGUGCGCAAAGUACGACGAUGCGAUUAUCAGCGCGAACAUCGAUAAUAUUUUUCUCAGUUCUUUUGUGUUGUUCGAUAUCCUGUAAUGCACAGUACGAAGGCGAUUCAUGCACUAUCGAUGGUACUCCAGGUAUUUGUAUAGUCCUCUCUCCAGCGAAUUGUCCAUCGGUUUAUCAAGAUUUAUUGAAAGGGAAACCUCCAUCUAGUUUAUGUGGAUACAAAAAUUUUCAUCCGGUCGUGUGUUGUCCAAAAAACACGCCUACGACUACUUCUUCAAAUACAAUCACAAGCACAAUUAAAACCACAACCCCGACUACAACAGAUCGAGGAUCAGUCGUUACUAAAGGAGCCAAGGCCAAAGCAAUGUGUGAAAAAUACGCCAAAUCCGUGUAUCAGCUCGUACCUUCGCCAACUUUAACAAUUGACAACCCACUAAUCAACAUAUCUGUAUGCGCGAUUAAAACUCGUAAGCUGAUCGUCGGUGGUACAAAGGCUGAACCAAAGGAAUUCCCGCAUAUGGCUGCGAUUGGAUUUGAUACCGACGAUGGUAUCGAUUGGCAAUGCGGAGGCACGCUAAUUUCGGAAAGAUUCGUUCUAACCGCUGCACAUUGUACCUACAGUAUGUACGGAGGUAGAGCACGCUGGGUACGAUUAGGUGACUUAAACCUCGAGAGAACGGAUGAUGACGCGAGACCGCAAAAUUACCUUAUUAUUGAACGGAUAAAACAUAAUAAGUACCAGAGUCGAUUCGCAUAUCAUGAUAUCGCGCUACUAAAAUUAGAAAAAGACGUGGAAUUUAACGCGUGGAUAAGACCCAGUUGCUUACCAUACUCUUUGCCGGAUAUUGGUACCGAUGGUAAAGCAACUGCAUCCGGAUGGGGAAGAGUUGAUUUUCUUGAGGACCCAUCAAAAGAUUUAUUGAAAGUUACCAUUAAUUUGAUAGCUCAACCGGUAUGCAACAGAUCAUUCGUGUACGAAAGUAAAUUCAUACGUGGUAUUAUGGAUGAGUGGCAAAUUUGUGCCGGUGAAGUCGGAAAAGACACCUGUCAGGGUGACAGUGGGGGCCCUCUCGUCAUCUUCAACAAUGAUUACGAUUGCAUGUACAGCGUAAUCGGUAUAACAAGCAUUGGAAAACCUUGUGGUCUCUCUGAUCCUGGUAUAUAUACUCGCGUUUAUCAUUAUAUUUCGUGGAUAGAGAGCAAAGUUUGGCCAGACUCGUGACACAGAAAUACAAUGAAUAUAAUAAUACUUUUAUGUUAAA